AUCGCUUUCUCUCCUUUUCUCCUUCUCAACCCUCGUCCUCGUCGUCCUGGAAGAUGACCUCGACCACUCCACGACUACCAGCAGUUACUCUCGCUCUCCUUUUACUAGCAUGCACACCCACCUUCGCCGAGCUCGUCCUACCCACAUGGAUUCCAAUGUUGCGCCGCACAUCGUCCUCUUCGACACGGAAUGUCCCUGCAAUAGGCUUUGCCAAUCCAUUAUCUGCAGGAGGAAGCUUUCUAACUCAAGUAUCAGGCACAUAUCCGGAGGGCCAGGGAGAGCCCAUAAACAUCAUUAUAUCUGGAAACUCGGACCCAAACGUUCUAAUAGAUGCACAACUCAAUGGAGGAUUAAGGAAUUAUUUUACGUCAUUUGGCUUUUCCGGAGAGUGCCUGGGGCAACAUUCUGGCUCGGACCAAGGGGCAAAUCUAGGGGACGGGAAUGGUAGCAAGAACGAGACGGCAGUGAUGCGAUGGAAUUACGGCGACCCACAGCUGGGUACGUGCAAGGAGACCGUGCAAGGAGGGAACCAUUUUCGGUACUGGGUACAGGAUGGGCCUUCUGCGAACACAGGCGCGAUAUUUUUAGCCCUGUCAUAUGAGAUGCCCAUCGCCCAACAACACGACAUCGUUCCAAACGGAUAUAAUCUUGGAAGGGACUGGCUAAUAGGAAACAUAACACAAUCCGUAAUCCCCACCGCAAACCUGACAAAUGGAACCACAUAUUCAGGGUCAACGUCGUUCGCCAACUACACCUACCAAAGCGAUAUACAAUACUUGACUGGAUAUCUAGCUAACACAAACGACGCCGUAAACCAUAAUAUUACCGUCGGCGUCAACGGAUUCAACGCCACGGACGGCUUCCUGGCGCUAAUCAACGUGAAAAUAACCGCCACUCCACCGAAAACAUCUUCAAGUACAACCAUUACAAUCAACUCUCUCGCACUGAUACUCUCGUUGCUUGUUUUGCCCAUGACUUCGUUAGCACUAUGACCAGUCUCGAACCUGCCUUCUUUCGACAUUGCGCAAUGAACGGAUAUCCCUUUUCGUAGACAUACCCAUAGACUCUCGCUUUCAUCAUCAAAAUCGUAUGUAAUUUUUAGUGUAUAUAUAAUUUGGGGUACAACUGCUAUCUAUGUUGCUUAG